AUGAACACACCCACCGAAGAUAAACAAACUGAUAGUCGGAAAUUUUUUAUUCAAAAGUGUAUUCAGCCCAACUGCAGUCAACUGACUAAUAAUAAUAAUAAUAAUUUGUCAACAGAACAAGGUGCAGGUGACCUGGAGAUCUGUACAUUGACGAACAACAUUGACGAAAUGGAUAAUAAUAAUAAUAAGAAACCAUCCGGUGGAAGAUCAUGGACAAGAAGUAAAAGGAUAUCACUUGGCUGCCUUGAAUGGCGUUCACGUGGACCUACUCGUCAGACAACCGAUCUGGGAUCAUGUAAUCGUAUAAACUACAUCACUCGGACUGGUUCAUCACAUGGUUGUUGUGCAGUACACAGUGAAGACGAUUAUGCAUACACUAAUGCGGAGGUGGAGGAGGUUUCAAAAAUGAAAGUUAAAAACUUUUCCCCGAAGUGUAGACAAUCCGGUGCAGACAAUCUACUCCAACGUCUACGUAGACGUUCUUUCUCACGGGAUAAAAAUAAUAAACGUGACAUUAACAGCAGAUCAAAUUCUCCACGCUCAGUAUACUCCUAUGAAAGUUGUACAGAGUUGGAAGGAAACUGUGCACCUACUGUUGGUGGCAAUAACUAUUCAUUAUUAUUAUUACAAAUGAAUAAAUGCAAUAAUAAUCUGUCGGUUACAAAUCUACUUCCUCAGAUGUCGUUAUCAAGAAGUGUUCCUGAAUUGAAAAGUCAUAACUGCUUUAUCGAUUCUUCUUUGUCUUCGUCGUGUUUAUACCAUGAGAUGGAGAAAUCUUUGCAUUAUUUGAAAAAUUAUGAAAAUACAUCUACGUAUCAGUGUAGUUUUAUGCCUUCUAAUAAAAUUGCUAAUAAUAAUAAUAAUUCAAUAGAGCUGACCAGUACUUCUCCUCUGUCGAUAAAGGAGAAUUCCUCAACUAUUGCUAAACAAUACUGUCAAUCAAACCUCGAACCUCCGCCUCCGCCUCCGUGUAGCCUACUGAUGAACACUUCUCAUUAUGCUGUGAAUACUUCUGCAUGUGAUUCAUCUCACUUAGGCUUCAAUUUAGUAGUAGAAGAUGCAGAGGUUCCACAGACAAUGAAAUAUUCCGAUUCACUUGUGUUAUUCAGUAGAGAGGGACAACAACAACAACAGCAACAACAACAGCGAUAUGACUUCUCUUCGAAUCCGUUAGUCGCCUCUAUAUAUUCUGAAGUUUGUCCCAAUUGUCGUUAUAAUAAUCCAGCCUUUCCAAUGAACAGUAACAAUGAUACCGGGAAGCAGUACAAUUCUUAUGGACGUACAAAUUGUUUAAAGCAUUCAGGAGUAUGCGAUUCUAACAACUUGUCUGAUACCUGUUCGGACAUGAAGACAUCCGGUGAGAAACCCGCCAACAUGCAAAUCGCCAAUUUGAAUACAUCAUCAGUUUCCAGCAGUUAUACACCUACGAAUGCAACAAACAAUUUAUCCAAUGUCGACAACAAUCCGUCGCAUUAUCAAACAUUAAUAAACACUGGCGUUGAUAACACAGAUCUCCACUUUCAAACACAGCAUAAUUCAUCGUGUCAGUCACUACGUCCAGAUUCGCUUCUCUCGACGUCUACUACAACGACACGCGAAUCAUCGUCAUCUUAUUCUGAUUUAUCGCCUAACUCCAUGUCAUCGCAUGAUUCAGCAUUGGGCGGUGGAGGCAAAUCACAAUCUGACAAUGCUGGAGUGCUGAAGAAGACCAUGUGUCCUGUUACAGUUACUGCUACAACUGCAAAUUGUCCAAAAACUAUUGAACAUAUGAAGUAUGUCAAGUCGGCGGAUAUCGUAGCCUGUGUCACCAGCUCUGUAAUGGAUCAUAAUAAAAAUAAUAUAAACACUCAGGAUUUCUGUCACAUUCCCCCAAUGUGUUUACCUCCCUCGGGAAAUUACUCUUGUUCACAUACCACACCGCCUACACCAAUCAGACGUCCAUGGUUGGGGGAUAAUAAUAAUACAGAACAAAUGCCGUCUGGUAGAAGUCGAUCCGGUGAUGGACAACAAAAGAAGCCUUCAGUCUAUGUGAAUGCAUCAUCAAUAUGCAGUGCAAUUCCUGAAAUGCUGCUGCAUCAGCAUCCUCCUGACAGUAAUGGUGGAUAUAAUCGUCGAAUUAGUCGUCGAAUAAGAGAUCGCCAACAAAAUUCUUACGAAAAUGCUGCGGCUUUAGUAAAUAUUGAUCCCACGAGUACAUCUACAGUUGAUAAAGCUGUAACUACAAGUAAUAAUAAUAGUAAUAAUGCAUCAAAUCCACAAAUCCCAUAUUGGACACGCUUAUUACCCUAUCGAACAUCCACAGUACCACAGAAUUUAUCUGGUCGACUACGAAAGUCUGAAACACUGCCAAAUGAUUGGGCAACCAAUAGUAGUAGUAGUUAUGAUUUAGAGCAUGAGAAAAAAUUUCCUCCUCCCCUACCUACCAAGUCUACAUCAUAUCAGUUACAACCACACACUUUGAAUCAAAAUGCUCACCAGUUAGAUGAGUCGAAACCACACUCUUUUAAUCAAUAUUCUAAUAAUGAUGAUGAUACCGGUAUCAAUAAUGGUAAGGGAGGCAAUAAUACUAAAUCAGCACAACCGCCCAGACCACCAAUACGAACAAGUUCACAUAGUGCUGGUGGUAGUGGUGGUGGUAGUGGUAUAUCACGACAAACGCCUAUGACACAGGCCUCGGCAUCCGCAUCCCCAUGUUGUCAUCAUCUCAGUUGUCAAAAACAACGUGCUCAAGGAUUAUUAAAUUCGUCUACAAACAAUGUCAAUGAUGAGGGUAUUAAUGAAAGUCCAGUACUCUGUCGAUACUCCCAACUUUACUGCUUGAAUACACAAACUAAAAUAAACAGUUGUCAGCAUAAUUCAGCAUCUUCCCAGGAUUAUCAUUCUACUUCACCACCGCAGCAGCAUAAUCCGAGAAAACAUCCGCCUUCUGUGCAUUAUUCGCCGCACCAUUAUUCGCCUUAUGAACAUCAGCACCCUCCUCAACCUCAUCACCAUCGCCAACAGUUUAUUCAGUGUCCCAUUCUUCAGUCCCAUUCAAAUCCGUCUAGUCAAAGGAAUCACUGUGAUCAACUAGUUGAACUGGAUAUAAAGAAAUUAGAAAUUAACGGAACGUAGUCUUACUUACCCACCAACCACCAGCAGUGUACGCUGCGCAUACAACUAACUAACUAACUAACUAACUAUGCCGUGAUGACAGUGAAACUAUGCCUAUAUUGAUUUUUGGUUGCUUACCUCACUUAUACCAUCCACCGAUGAACCCACCGAUGAACAGUAGUCAACACACACAAACACACACAACACUGUGGAUCAACCAAUCGAUAGAUACUUCAUUUGAUUUAGACAGAAGACCAGUAGUAGUAGUAGUUCAGCGAAGAAAGAGUCUCUGUUUUCGGCGGCGACGGCGUCGGCGGCGAAUUCAUUUUCAUAGCUUUGUACAACCGGAAUAGCUUUCCUUGUGGCGCAACAUUGAGAGUAGCGUUUUUUCUCUAGUCGCCCCCUUGUUGUGUAUAUAUCGGUCAGUUCACCGGUUGUCGUGGAUCCAGCCAGGUACACUAUCCAGCGUGUGUGGCUGCAGAAAGGAAGUAAUGGCAUGCAUAAGGAGUGCAAUAAUCGAACAUCUCGUCAACACAAACAACAGGUCAACAACAAACGCCUCCUGCUUCAAAGUAAUCUGCCUACAAAGUGAAGAACAACCUGCCAAAGACAACAAUACGUUUCCGUCUUCUUUGCAUUGCAGAAGCCCUAGCCAUUCAGUUGGAAGAACCAGAAUUAUGCAUACAAAAGAAAAUUAUUCAACCCCACUUCUACUCUCAUGGUAACAACUCUGUUGAUUUUAUUUUAAACUUUUGUUUGUAUGCUUAUUUUUCUAACUACUUAAAACCCUUGUGUAAUUCCGUAUGCUAUUUUUUGUUUCCAUGUACACACACAUCCUGAGCACAACUCUUUCAUCAAACUAUUCACGUUGUUAUUACGUAACUCUCUUUUUUUAACAAUCGUUUGUGACAACUCAUCAUCACUUUUGUUACACUACCCUCUUAUAUAUCAACACAUCCAAUUCUCAUCUGAACUUACUAAUUUUGUAUUUUCGUUUGACAAAUUUAAUGUACACACACACAUACAAAACAACCAUGCAUCAUAUAUUUGUGAUUGUACAGCUAUGAAAAUGAAUUCGCCGCUGACGCCGCCGAAAAGAGAGACUCUUCGCUGAACUACUACUACUGGUCUUCUGUCUAUUUUUCAUUUGAUUUCACGAGUGUGUUUGUUUCUAUCAAAAUCAAGCUGUAUGAAAUAAUAAGCACUGCUACCGGUUGAUAUCUACACAUGCCUGAUUUCCAUGUUUGCCUUUUAUUAUUAUUGUUAUUAUUAUUUUUUAAUAAUUUGUACACUAUUUCACUAUUUCCACAAAUGACAGCCUGUUUCUUUCUCAAUGAGAAAAAGUUCAACUUAACUGGGAACCAUCGAAAUCGGCACUUUUUUUUCUUGAUUAUCACGCUUAAAACUCGAGGACUGUUUAUAGACACCUCUUUUUCUUUGAUUAUUAUUUCUACAAUGUGUGGAUGAUGUGAUUUCUUGUAACGUUUUUUUUUUGGCACUUUCCCUCC